UGCCUUGACAAAGGGGAGUAGUCACGAGAGAGAGAAAGAGAGAGAGAGUGAGUGAGUGAGAGUGGGUUUUGGAGAGGCGAUGCUGGAAGAUCACUUCCUCGUCCCCAACACACACACACACACUAGAAGAAAUUCCUUCACCCCCUUUUGUGUCUCUGGGUGUAAUUCCGCCUCUUCCGACUUACUUCCUUCCUUCCUUCCUUCCCUCCUCCUCCUCCUCCUCCUCCGCGCACCUUCACUGCAUUCCAUCGCUGACGGCGCCCAGGUUGAUUAUUAGUUCCAUAGCGUCCUAUGAAUCUUUUGGAUGCGUGACCAGGAGAGAGGGAGGGAGAGGGAGGGAGACAGAGAGAGCGAGGAAAAGAGGUAGCGAGAGAGAGAGAGAGAGAGAGAGAGAGAGAGGAAGUGCUCUGUUCGUAGGUUACCGAGCUCGAGAGAGGCUUGUGUAUUCGAAACGGUUGAGCAUCGUUUUCCUGUGCUUUAGAUCCACGGGUUCAUUCGGGCUUGAGGAGAGAAUCUCUUACUUUGUAAUUGAGGGCAGUGAUAUAUAUAUAUAUAUAUAUAUAUAUAUAUUUAUGCGAGUUGUGUGAAUGGUAGAGUGUAAAGUGUCGGAUGUGAUUUCGCGAAUUGGUUGCCACUUUGCUAGGCGGGGUGCAGACUGGCCUCUUUUUAACUAACUUUGUGUGAAAUGUAGCCCUGGUGUAGAUUUCAGUAGUGGUAGUUGAAUUCACCGGUUUAAUUUUAUCAUUUUCGUUUGCCGUUGCUGUAGAAGAGGUCGUUAGAUAGCUGCCGGAGUGAUCGGGUCGGAGAGAAUUUUUGAAUUUCGGGGUGUUGGUACGGUGUUGCGGUUGACUUGUCGCGCGGGUGGAAUUUCGGAGGUCUUGGGGGGCGGUGGUGUGAAUUCGUGAGGGAGGCACAGGUCUUGGCUCAUGCGGCUCUGCAGUGAGUCCACACUGACUCGCGCCUGGCUUUCACGGACGCAAAUCAUCUGAACGAUGACAGCAUGCAGCCGGAAAAGCGCCUGGCAGUCUGUCCGCUUCUCCUGGAGAACAACGCGGUCCUUCUCAUUUCCUCAUCUUCAAGGAUGCUUUCAGAAUUUUCUAUCAUGUGACUAUUUUAUAUGUUUACCAUAAGCUAACGAUGAACGAACUUGAAUCACAUGGUAUGCUGAAGCUAGAUCAGUGCACGCAGAUGGUUAUUAGUGGAUUGCAACUCAAAUCAGAUUUUUUUCUAAAACCUUGAGCUCACACGUAUGAUCAGCUGGUUUCAGCUUGUAUUUUUGGACAUUCAUUCCAUAGCAUUCUAUGAUACACGCUAUGCUGCGUGAACUCAGUUCCUGAGGCUCCUGUGGAAUGUAGGUCGUAAUCCUAGUAAUACUGUUGUUUUUUAGUACUCUCCAAAUACUCUGGUUUGGUUCAUAAUUUAAGCUUACUCUCAGACAGAUUUUCAACAAAUAGUAUUUGGAAGUAUCUUCCUCUCAAUAGUUCGUGCUUCUAACGCAGUUCUGAUAAGACUUGACGUUAGCUUUGUCAACUUGUCAAUUUCAUUUGGAUCAGUACUCAUUUCUUUCUCGAAAUCAGGCAGCCUAGUUACGAUAGGAUGUAUCCGGACCUUCGUAGUUGAUGUUUCGAUAGAUUUCUACAUUUUAGUAUGUUUGGUACUUAGCUUGCUGCUCCAUGUCAGAAUGUAGCUUCUUGUUGUAAUGGUGAGAAUAACAGCCUUUGUAGUAGAAUACCAGCAUGUAGUGUAUUCCUGAUGGAGAUAUUGACAAAUUAUGACAGUCCGCGGUUCAUUCACCGGUUGAAAGAAAUGCAUCAAGCACGGUUAUGAUGCAAAUGGAUGAGGAUGUGCUUAAUUUUUUUCACCUUCGGGGCUUGCAGGAUUUUCCAUCGAUGAUCUUGCUGAAUUAGAGCAGUGGAAUUGCAACCUGAGAGUGCACUGACAAAGAAUUGUAGAUGGCAUAUCAGUACUAUCCAGGUAGCACUCGCUAUGAGGCUACGGGCGGAGCUCUUGUUGAUGGGCAAUUCAGGCAUGCGAAUUUCAUGCAACCGUCGGACCUAGUGCAGCAUUUAGAGCAGCUCCACAGCGUUCUAGGAACAGUAUCUCAAGAUUCACCGAAUAUUCCUGCUCAUCACACGUUGGACGCUGGGGCACAAACAAGUAACAAUCGCACUAGUGAUCUGGCCGGGUGGAUUGACGGCAUGAUUGAUGAGCUUUCUUUCAACAACGCCGGUACCAUGGCUGCGCCGCAACAGCGAAGCCUUACAGAAGAUUCUCUCCACCAAAAUGAACUUGAGGCCAGCUCUAGCCAUGAUUCAUCACUGGAUACUGGCUCCUCCCGGCUUCCAACUCUGCACUACCAGAAUACACCCGCUGUUGGGAACAAUUUUUUAGCAACUCCUCAAAAUGAUGCAUCACAAUUAAAUGCAAAUCGUGCCACCGGAGCAGUGUUAGAACAACAACCAAGCCCGAUGGGAGAGGAUGAGGACAACGGCGUUCGGCUGGUACAUUCUUUAUUGGCAUGUGCGGAAUCUAUCCAGCGAGGGAACCUCAACCUAGCGGAACAGACUCUCCGUCGGAUCCAGCUGCUUAGCUUGCCACCGGGUCCAAUGGGCAAAGUAGCCACCCACUUCAUCGAUGCUUUGACCUGUAGAAUUUAUGGAGUCGCCUUCUCAAGCGGCAACAAUGUCGGUUCUAAUCAGUCAGAUUCUCUCUCUGAGUUGUUGCACUUUCACUUCUAUGAAACAUGCCCGUAUCUUAAAUUCGCACACUUUACGGCCAACCAAGCCAUCCUCGAAGCUUUCGCAGGGCAGAAGCAGGUUCACGUGAUAGAUUUCAAUCUUAUGCAUGGAUUACAGUGGCCGGCUUUGAUCCAGGCCCUUGCCCUUCGGCCGGGUGGUCCUCCUCGUCUGCGCCUAACUGGCAUUGGGCCGCCACAAUCGGGAGGAAGCGAUGUGUUGCAGGAGAUUGGCAUGAAGUUGGCUCAAUUAGCAGAAACCGUCAAGGUAGAAUUCGAAUUUCGGGGUGUAGUUGCUGUGAAGCUUGAUGAUAUCAAGCCGUGGAUGCUUCAGAUAUGUCAUGGCGAAGCAGUUGCAGUGAAUUCCGUAUUUCAACUGCACAAGCUUCUGUACUCCGCUGGAUCAGUAAUCCCCAUCGACGAGGUUCUUCGUUCGGCCCGGGCAUUGAAGCCUAAAAUUUUCACCAUUGUUGAACACGAGGCUAACCACAAUCAACCUUCCUUUCUGGGCAGGUUCACGGAGGCCUUGCAUUAUUAUUCAACCAUGUUCGACUCACUGGAAGCAUGCAGCUUGCCUUCCGACAGCAGCGAACAAGUUCUUGCCGAGAUGUACCUCGGCCGGGAAAUUAACAACAUUGUGGCUUGUGAAGAUGCAGCACGUGUUGAGCGGCAUGAGAACCUAGUUCAAUGGCAGAUGCGUAUGUUGAAGGCAGGGUACCGGCCGAUCCAACUAGGCUUGAACGCGUUCAAACAGGCGAGCAUGUUGCUCACUAUGUUCUCUGGCGAUGGUUAUCGGGUUGAAGAAAAACUGGGCUGCUUGACUCUUGGUUGGCACACGCGGCCUCUGAUCUCUGCCUCUGCAUGGCAAUGUGCAUGACCAAACCAAGAUUUGAUCGACACAGCGAAUUGAUCUCCAUUCUCAGUAACAAACAUGUAUUCAUCCCUGCUUUCUAUGCGGUCCCAUGAUUGAACGAGCAUACAACACUCAAAGUUCUCUUGUGCAGCUCCUUCAUAAGGCCCACACUGCAGUUACUGGACCAAGUAAGUCCGGCUAGUGUUCGUGGUCAGUACAUAGUUUCAUUGUUCCGCCCUAUAAAUGAAUCAAUUCUAUCACGUACUUGAGAAAGAACUCAAAUGUUACGUGAGGUUGCAAUUGAGAUCAACACAACCUCAUCAGUUGAUGUUCAUGUAGCAUAAGAAUCUGUGGUAGAUCAUCCAGGCAGGCUUUGAAAAAAAUGUAUUUUAUUAGCGGUGAUGUGCAUGACAUCACCAGUGAUCUGUGAAGUGGAAUUGAUAUGCAAUUCUGUACAACCCGGCUCCUUUCA